AUGACAUUCCGCGAUAAAGUCAAGCGUGUCUUCCAUCGCUCCUCGGCCAGCCGGGACUGCAACAAUGGUCGACCCAAAGUUGAAUACUACCGACGCCAUGAGGUGCCGCCCUCCAAAUUCCGUGGCCCCUUCGAUAAGGAACAUCAAAAGCGUCUAGCCGCCUGGUCGUUUGAUGGCGCAAUGGCGGCACGCGAGCGUUCCCUCGAUUUAUCCUUAUCACCAUGUGCCACCUAUGACGGCCCGAGUCCCUUUGACGAUAGCGACGAUACUGGAGACAUUUCGCCCGACGAUGACGGUGUCGCCCUCGAUCCAGCCCGCGCCGAUUUUGCCGACUCCAUUUCCUCUUCGGUCCCGGACUUGGUAGACUCUAGCCGCCCCACCAACGCCGGCUCACAGUCGUCCACCAUUGUCAACCCCGAGAGCUUCAGUGGCUCCAUGAUGACCUUGCUGCCGGAGACUUCCGUUUCGGUCUAUGAGAUCCCCGAGGAUCCCAUCGCCCAGCUCAAGGAAUCAAUUCGCUACACCUCUCCUAUCGUUCGGGCUCUCUCGCCUGCCACCCCAUACGCCAUGUCACCGCGGGGGAAGCAUCAACCUUUCUCACCGGAGGACCUGACGCGGGCCUUGAUCGCCGUGCAGGUCUGCGCCUGA